GAGUUGCAGAGGAGAUGAAAAACAAAUGGAAAGCAAUGAAAAGCCCUCACGAGUGGGUUUUUCCUGUUGCCGCCUCCUAAGUUCAGGCCACAGGAUGCUCUGCCUCAAGGCAUGUGCCUGGUGGAGAGGAGACUGACAGAGACGUUUCAGUGUGGAGAGAGAAGACGUUUUAAAAUUUUACAGAAUGCCCUGCAUCUCCACUGCAGCUGAGAAUGACAGAGAAGAAUGAGUUCUCCACAGUGGCCUGAGACUCCAGGACAUGGAGAACCUGUGCCUCAACUUGAGCCAAAAGCAAGAGUUCACAGCGAUAUUGAUCGGCAAGAGAUGGUUCCAAAUAAGAAGAGUGCUGUUCUUGUAGAUGGGGUUGUACUGAAUGGCCCUACAACAAAUGCAAAAACUGGAGAAAAAUUUGUUGAAGAGGCCUGUAAGCUAAUAAUGGAAGAGGUGGUUUUGAAAGCUACAGAUAUCAAUGAAAAGGUGUGUGAGUGGCAGCCUCCUGAACAACUGAAAAAGCUUCUUGAUUUGGAGGUGAGAGACACAGGUGAAUCACAUGACCGGCUGUUGAAACUCUGCCAGGAUGUCAUACGCUUCAGCGUCAAAACAAACCACCCAAGAUUUUUCAACCAGUUGUAUGCUGGACUUGAUUAUUACUCCUUGGCGGCCCGAUUUAUGACAGAAGCAUUAAACCCCAGCAUUUAUACGUAUGAGGUGUCCCCAGUGUUUCUGUUAGUGGAAGAAGCGGUUCUGAAGAAAAUGAUUGAAUUUAUUGGCUGGAAAGAAGGGGAUGGAAUAUUUAACCCAGGUGGUUCAGUGUCCAAUAUGUAUGCAAUGAAUUUAGCUAGAUACAAAUAUUGUCCUGAUAUUAAAGAAAAGGGGCUGUUUGGGUUGCCAAGAUUAACCCUUUUCACAUCUGCAGAGUGUCAUUACUCCAUGAAGAAAGCAGCCUCCUUUCUUGGGAUUGGUACCCAGAAUGUGUGCUUUGUGGAAACAGAUGGAAGAGGUAAAAUGAUACCUGAAGAACUGGAGAAGCAAAUCNNNNGAUCCUUCUCACAGGGGACAAUGCCGUUUCUUGUCUGUGCCACCUCUGGCACAACUGUGCUGGGUGCCUUCGACCCUCUGGAUGAAAUAGCUGACAUCUGUGAGAGGCACGGUCUCUGGCUUCACGUGGAUGCUUCUUGGGGUGGCUCAGCUUUGAUGUCAAGGAAGCACCGCAGGCUUCUACAUGGUAUCCACAGGGCUGACUCGGUGGCCUGGAACCCGCACAAGAUGCUGAUGGCUGGAAUCCAGUGUUGUGCUCUCCUUGUGAAAGACAAGUCUGACCUUCUUAAGAAAUGCUACUCUGCCAAGGCAUCCUAUCUCUUCCAGCAGGAUAAAUUCUAUGAUGUCAGCUAUGACACAGGAGACAAGUCCAUCCAAUGUAGCAGGAGACCAGAUGCAUUCAAGUUCUGGAUGACCUGGAAGGCCCUGGGCACAUUAGGCCUUGAAGAAAGAGUUAAUCGUGCUCUUGCUUUAUCUAGGUACCUAGUAGAAGAAAUCAAGAAAAGAGAAGGAUUCAAGUUACUGAUGGAACCUGAAUAUGCCAAUAUCUGCUUUUGGUACAUUCCACCAAGCCUUAGAGAGAUGGAAGAAGGACCAGAAUUCUGGGAAAAACUCCAUUUGGUGGCCCCAGCCAUUAAGGAGAGGAUGAUGAAGAAGGGGAGCCUCAUGCUGGGCUACCAACCCCACCGGGGGAAGGUCAACUUCUUCCGCCAGGUGGUGAUCAGCCCUCAAGUGCGCCGGGAGGACAUGGACUUCCUCCUGGAUGAGAUAGACCUCCUGGGUAGAGACAUGUAGCUGUGGCUUUUGGUUCCCCCAGAGACAUGGAUCCUGUCCUGGGGAGGGCAUCUGGAGACAUGUAGUAAAUUAUAAUACUUCUGAUGGGAAAUGGGACAGUCCAGACACAACAAAACCAACAUGCUAAGCAAAUGGUGUUAGGGAUUCUUGCUGUCUGGGAACUACUGUUGGUAUAAAGGAGGGAUUUUUUUUUUUUUUUUUUUGGAAAAGAUGUCUCUGGACAGAGCCUUAUAGAGAGGUCAGUAAAUACCAUAUGGAUCCUGUGUUCUAAACUUACUUCACUGUUUAGAGAACAUAUAAAUUAAUAGUUUAAGGCAGGGUUCUCAAGGUGUGGUCUCUGCUCUAGCCACAUCAGCAUCACUAGGGAACUUAUUAAUAUUUAGAUUCUCAAGCCUCACCCCAGACCAACUAAAUCAGAAAUUCUGGGGGGGGGGAGGGGGCAGGGGAAUGGAGCAGCCAGUAUUCUGUGUUUUAACAAGCCUCCCAGGUGAUUCUGAUGCACGGUAAAAUCUGAACACACUGGUUUAGAAAACGCCUUUUAUUGAUUGAAUAACUAGUGUUUUGCCAGCAAGACGAUAUCUAAUACUUUAGUAGCCCCUGAGCUACUCUUUGAAAAUACUGCUGUGGCAUUUUAGUAAGGUGUUUUUAAGGGUAUCAGAAGCAUGUCGAAGAUUUUUUUUUUUUUGAAGACUAUACAAAAUGAUCAUCUUAUAAAAAUAUAUGCUUUCAGGCAGGCUAAAUUUUUAUUUUCAAAAGCUAAAAUUAACCAUUGUCUGUUCUAAGUACCUACAUUCGAGAUUAGGAUAAAAACUAAAUACUUUGCAGUGUGAUCUUUCCAUCAAGGAGCGAUAGUUUUAAUUCAUUUCCUAAAAUCGGUCACAUCAUGAGCUGGGGAUGAACACCUCAUACGUAAUGUUUGUGGGGGUCUCUUUUAUCUGUAGGGGCCCGUUCCUUGUCUUGCUCUCUGCCUUGUAAGAAUAACGAGAAUGAAGUCCAUGGUUGUAUGACAUUCCCUUUCCCAAGCUUUGAAAUGUCAGUGUAGACUACUACAUGGCUUAUAUUGGGCAGAGAAUCUGGGAAUCAGAGUUCUUUCAAUGGAAACACCUCCUCCAUUUUUCCUAGAAGUGGAUGGUAGUCCUGGUCCUAGAUUCCCAGAAGACUUUCAUGUGACUAAGAUGUGGACAAUAUUUAAAGAUGUGGGUACAGCGUUAAAGUUCUGCAUUGGUAGGUGAAUGAAGAGUUUUCAAGGGUUAGACUUAACACAUACAGUGACCUUCCUAUACUUCAUCUUUAGCUUAUGUCAUUUAAAUUUUGAGCAGAUAUUUAGUGUUUUGCUUUUAUUGCACAUUAUUAUUUUAGUGUGCAUGUUUUCUCAAUAUAUUCUUUAGCCGAUAUAUAUAAUUUUUUUCUGUGCUGGGGAUCAAGCCCAGGGCCUUCUGCAUGCUAAGCAUCUUUUAAUCAAAGAAUAUUUUAAUUUUUUUUCUUAAUUACUUCACAUUCUGUGGUGAUAGUUCUGUGUGUGUGUAUGUAUUUUGAAUUUCUUGUUGCCUUUUUUGGUUAAUGUCUACACAAAAUGGUCCUAAAAUUGAUGCUUGCAAUAAUUUGGAUUUCAUGAAAUAAAGAGCAAUAUUAGUGUAUUUCGUGUCACUCACUUUUCUUUUCCUGUCAUCUCCUCUUCACCAGAUUAUAACAAUACAUUUUUAGAAGGGAACUGGAUUAAUUGGCAAUUUCAGUUAAACAAUUGAGGAAAUAGGAAGCUGGCCGUUUUUCAGUUAAUGCCUUGAAUAAAAUGGAAAGAGUG